UUUACACGCACACAGUGAUGCGACGUCAAGUCGUGUGUUACCAUUUAAACAUUUCAUUGAGGGUAGAGGAAAGAAGUAGGCGAAGGGGCAGAAGGCGGCGUGUAAUAACGGCAACAGAAUAAACGUGUACAGAAAGAGGUAGUGACAGACAAAAUGGCGGUGUGCCUAGUGCAGUGCUAGUAGUAGUAGUGUUGGGGUCAGUAGGUUGGUAGGGAGAACGGAAGAAAAGACCCUGAAAGACAUGAAUCAACGAUUAGCAUCAACUACCCGACGUCGUGGUCAUCAACACCAUCCUCGAAAUACCACGAAACGACGACUUGACAUCGCCAGCGGAGGACCCGCGCAGUGUGGCCUUGCUGGUGUUGACACUAAUCAAAGUUCGCAAAAUUCAACAUCUGACAGUUCCCAGCUGGAUAAUAAACCCGACAAGUGUCAUAAUCCUUCGGAUCAUUCCCCAAGCGUUGAUAAUUGUCAAGGGAAGCCGAUUGGUAACGAGUCUAAUAACUCGGAUGGACCAAUUGAGCCUAGGCCCGCGCAGUGUGGCCUUGCUGGUGUUGACACUAAUCAAAGUUCGCAAAAUUCAACAUCUGACAGUUCCCAGCUGGAUAAUAAACCCGACAAGUGUCAUAAUCCUUCGGAUCAUUCCCCAAGCGUUGAUAAUUGUCAAGGGAAGCCGAUUGGUAACGAGUCUAAUAACUCGGAUGGACCAAUUGAGCCUAGGCCCGCGCAGUGUGGCCGAUCCAAGGAUCUUGCCAAGUCAGUCAGUCGUUUUGAAAAAAAUCAAUCGUCAAAUCAACCAACCAACAACAAAAUAAAACAUGAUAAUGACCAAUUGAAUAAUAAAAAACUGGACAAUGUUGACAAUAAAGCUGUUGACAGUUUUAAUAAGAACCAAGAGUCUGAGCACGCGGUCGCAAGGGCUCGAGGUGAUGGUCAUUCAGAUGAUGAUGAAAAUCAGAAUGACGACGAUCCUGAGCUUCUUGAGCUUGCCAAACUCAGGUGUCCAAGUGAACGAACUGAAGUUCAAGCUGAACGCGAAGCCAGAAGAAAAAAAAGGUGUGCUGAUUACCCCGGCCUAGCUUUUGGAUCAUCGAUUUUUUCCUCCGAUACCAUGAUGAAGUUUAAUCUCAUCAGAUGUGAACUCCAGAAUAUCUCAGGCAAUCAGCUAAGGCGGGCUGAAUCUGAGGUUGCUGCCCUCAAUCGUCGUAUUCAAUUGCUUGAGGAAGAUCUUGAGAGAUCCGAGGAACGUUUAGCAACAGCUACUGCUAAGCUUGCUGAAGCUUCUCAAGCAGCCGAUGAGAGUGAACGCGCCCGGAAGAUUCUUGAGAACCGCAGUUUGGCUGAUGAAGAACGUAUGGAUGCUCUUGAAAAUCAAUUGAAGGAGGCUAGAUUCCUUGCAGAAGAAGCUGACAAGAAAUAUGAUGAGGUCGCCCGUAAAUUGGCUAUGGUUGAAGCUGAUCUUGAACGUGCUGAGGAGCGUGCUGAAGCUGGAGAAUCAAAAAUUGUCGAAUUGGAGGAGGAAUUACGUGUUGUUGGCAACAACUUGAAAUCUCUUGAAGUUUCAGAAGAAAAGGCAACACAAAGGGAAGAAACAUUCGAAGGCCAAGUGAAGAUUCUUGAUAGCCAGCUGAAAGAGGCUGAAGCACGUGCUGAAUUUGCUGAGAGAUCAGUUCAAAAACUCCAGAAGGAGGUCGACAGGCUCGAGGAUGAGCUGACGAAUGAGCGCAGUAAGUACAAAGCCAUUGCGGAAGAGAUGGAUCAGACAUUUGCUGACCUCGCAGGAUAUUAACGAGGAUUAUUUUGAGUGUGAAUAAAAAUGAUUACACGCUCAUUCGAAUCACUGCCAUCAUAAUCAAGCUGUUCUGAGAAGAAACUAUCACAAUUCAUCGUCCAAACACCUUUUUCAAUGGGAAAUUGACGAAAUUGAUUAUCCAAUGAUCCAAUGACUAUUAAUUAAUGAUUAUGAUUAAUAUCUUGUUAUUCAUUAACUCAAUUACAUAUUUGUUCGAAUUUUAUAUGGCUUUUAUUGUACUGCAAAACAUAAUUGAAUGAAAAAUAAGUCCACUACAAAGCAGAUGUAGCUUUUAUAUAAGUUUCAAUACAUUAGAUUUAAGUACUCUGUCUAAUUACUAAAUAAAGCCAUCAAUUAGUUGAUGAACAUUCCAAA